AUGUCGACCUUUGGCGAGUACUUCCGUGUGACCACCUAUGGCGAGUCGCACUGUCGCUCCGUCGGCUGCAUUGUCGAUGGCUGCCCGCCGGGCAUGGAGCUCACCGAGGCCGAUAUCCAGCCGCAGAUGAACCGUCGCCGGCCCGGUCAGAGCAGCAUCACCACUCCGCGCAACGAGAAGGAUCGCGUCAUGAUCCAGAGCGGCACCGAGUUCGGCGUCACCCUUGGCACACCCAUCGGCAUGAUGGUGCUGAACGAGGACCAGCGCCCCAAGGACUACGGCAACCAGACCAUGGACAAGUACCCGCGCCCUAGCCACGCCGAUUGGACCUAUCUAGAGAAGUACGGCGUCAAGGCUAGCAGUGGUGGCGGCCGCAGCAGUGCCCGCGAGACCAUUGGCCGUGUCGCCGCCGGUGCCAUUGCUGAGAAGUACCUGCGUCUUGCCUACGGCAUUGAGAUCGUUGCCUUUGUCAGUUCCGUCGGCAACGUCCACCUGUUCCCCCCGACCGCCGAACACCCCACACCCUGUACAAACCCCGAGUUCCAGAAGCUACUGCAGACCAUCAGCCGCAAGACCGUUGACGAAUAUCUGCCUGUGCGCUGCCCCAAUGAAGAGGUCUCCCGCAAGAUGGAGGACCUUAUCGCCUCCUUCAAGCAGCGCAGCGACAGCAUUGGUGGUACCGUGACCUGCGUCAUCCGCAAUUGCCCCAGCGGUCUGGGCGAGCCGUGCUUCGACAAGCUCGAGGCCAAGCUGGCGCACGCCAUGCUGAGCAUUCCCGCCACCAAGGGCUUCGAGAUUGGCUCUGGCUUCGGCGGUUGCGAGAUCCCCGGGUCAACUCACAACGACCCCUUCGUCAAGAACGACAGCGAACUUCCCGAGGUUGUCGCCCAGAGCGGUGCUGCCCGCGGUGGCUUCCCUCGGCCCCGGCUAACCACUAAGACCAACUACUCUGGUGGUAUCCAGGGUGGUAUUUCUAACGGCGCCCCCAUCUACUUCCGUGUCGCCUUCAAGCCCCCUGCCACCAUUGGCCAGGAGCAGCUGACAGCCACGUAUGACGGAGAGGAGGAGGGUAUCCUAGCUGCCAAGGGCCGCCACGACCCGUGCGUCGUGCCGCGCGCCGUGCCCAUUGUUGAGGCCAUGGCUGCGCUGGUGAUCAUGGAUGCUGUGCUCGCCCAGCAGGCGCGGCAUACGGCUAAGAGCUUGCUGCCUCCUCUGAAGCAGACCAUAAACUCAGGGCUGCCGGCAGGGAAUGGCGUGACGGAGCAGGAGGUUAAGCAGGCGUAA